GUGUUUUUUCCCCCCUCGUUUCUGGUUUUGUUCAAACACAUAAGUAUCUAUAUUCUGCCGGUUGCAUCAAGUCGCAUCAUCAGUUUCAUCAUCGCAUGCAAUCACUUAUACCAAGCAUUGCUUCAUUAAUUUAAUCAUCGUCUAUCUUCAAUCAUACAACCAACUUCUAGUCAAACAAUUGCCCAAACAACAUUCAAAAUGUCUUCCGCCGGCAUCAAAACGUAUAGCGUCACCUCGAAAGAGGAAUUCUAUGGACUCCCAACUUUCCCCGAGGCCGAGGGCAAAAAGUACUCUGCCAUUGUUACCGGCGCCAAUGGCAUUACUGGAGCUCAUAUGCUCCGAGUCCUGGCUGAGGCUCCAGAGCGCUGGGGAACCAUCUAUGCCUUAAGCCGAAAGCCUCCAAGUGUUCGCAUCCCAGGAAACGUCAAGUAUUUGGCCAUUGACUUUCUUGCGUCUCCUGAAGAUAUUGCGCAACAGCUGAAAGAGCAGGCCCCGAAAGUGGACUAUGUCUUCUUUGCUUCUUACAUUCAAGCUCCUCCCAAGGAAGGCGAGGGUGUCUGGUCUGACGAUGCGGAGAUGGAGCGACUAAACAUGCUUCUUUUGUCCAACUUCCUUUCUGCAUUGACUCUGUCUCAGAAGAUCCCGAAGCGGUUCCUCCUCCAGACAGGUGCUAAGCAUUAUAGCGUUCAUCUGGGCCCCCCUCUAAACCCGAUGGAGGAGUCAGACCCUCGUUUCCUUGCCAAACCCAACUUUUAUUAUCCCCAGGAAGAUCUUCUCUGGAAAUGGUCGCGUGAAAAUGGCACUGAGUGGAAUGUCACUCGCCCUCUGUUCAUCAUUGGUGCCGUGCCCGAUGCAGCAAUGAACAUUGCCAAUGGACUGGCUCUGUAUGCUGCAAUUCAGAAGGAGCUUGGGCGGCCACUUGAGUUCCCUGGCGACACCGCAGCCUGGGACGCUGAGAAGCCCUUGUCAUCUGCGCUUUUGAUCAGCUACCACGCCGAGUGGACGGUUCUUACGCCAUCCACUGCUAACGAAGCUCUGAAUAUUUCCGAUGGCGGCUCUUUCAGCUACGGCAAGUUUUGGCCUGUGCUUGCUGCUGCUUACGGCAUUCCAUAUGGAACUGCAGAGGUCGAUGACGACAAGUUUCAAAUUGUCGAUAUGCCCAUCUCCCCUCCCCCGAGAGGCUUUGGACCCGCAGGCAGGAUUAGAAUCGCCCGAAGCUUCGAGGCGUGGGCUCACAAGCCCGAAGUCAGAAAGGCAUGGGAUACAUUGAAGGCACGACACAACUUGGCCCCUAAGCCCGAUCCAUUUGACAAGGUGCAAGACAUCUUUGGCUUGUUGGAUGGUGAAAUUCUUGGACCUUGGGGAAGGAGCUUGAGCAUGAAUAAGAGCCGAAAGCUGGGAUGGAAUGGAUUCAUUGACACUCACGAGUCAAUCUUUAAGACUUUUGAGGAGUUGGCAGCUCUGAAGAUGAUUCCACCUUUUGAGCGACCAAAAGCAAUUGAAAUCAAGUACUAUGGCUAUUAGGUAUCUACCAAUGACGAAAAGAUGGAUGAGAGUAUGAUUUGAAGAUGAUACUAUGGCGUUUCUUGUCAGCUUUAUAUAGAAUUUGGUCUCCUGAGACUGAAUAGAGUACACUGUCCCUAGUUAGUUAACUACACCUUCGUGCGUAUUGAUAGAUGUCGCAACAAGCUGGCCGGCGCUACAAAUACCACAACGC